AACUCAAAGGAGGACACGGCGGGGGGACGGAUCGUAGACGGGAGGGUCCCGUUUCUCUCUCCAUGAACAGUCCCCGGACCGCUGGACGCGUCGUCUGCAGCUUCCGCGUGAGCCUCUUCGGAACGAAUUUGACAGAACGUGGAUGGAUGUUCUUCUUGUGGCUUAUCAUGUUAUGGUGAGAAAACACUGGCGGACUGGUGGCCAUGGCGCCCGUGUGGUUGACCUAGAUGCACUUUCCCCAAGGUGAAUGUGGAUGUUUUGAAAGAGGGAACCACUCUCUGGGCGCAGCCUUAGUCCUGGCCUGGCGCAAAAGCAAUGGGGAUGCCAGGGUGUUGAAACAGGCGGUGUUUAGUAAUCGGAGCACACCGGGGAAGGCGGUGGCUGCGCUCACUUGGUCCGGAGAUGCGGUGGCAACUUUUUCACGGUGUGCGGACCACUUUUUCCCCAGGGCGGCUGGCAGUCAUCAAGUGAGAUACCUUAAGGGUGUUCUGAUUUUCAUUAUUUCCAAGGGAAAGUAUUUACAGGCUUGACAGGGAAUAGAAUAAAACCCAGGAGGUGUGCCUGCCGAAUUUUUCUUAUUGGCUUUUUUUUUUUUAGUGCCACUUUUAUUACUUUUCAUUCUGUCGGCAAAAGGAACAGACGCUUUCUUUUCUGCACCGGUCCUAGUUAGAGCUGUACGGCUGUAAGCUUUCGUCUUUUUCAAUCUAUUUAAAUCCCAGUUACGCGCCUCAUACUUUCGUGCUGGAGCAAUCACGUCGGAGCAGAAGAUAUUUUUGCAGGGGAGUUUUUGAUCAGAACUGAGGAGGAGGUUGAAUGGCAGUCUCUGUAAGUGCCCCUCUCCGGUGCGCUGUGGUGUGGUUCCGACCUGCUCCCUGCCCCCUCUGAGCGGCGACUGCAGGAUGUCUCGGGGUGAGCUCAUCGAGCUCCAGGAGCUGACGCUGGAUGACCGCAUCGAGCUGGACGUCCCGUCAGCCCCUCGCACGCCCCGCCUGGAGCGCGUCAACGCUCUGCGCAUCAGCCCGGGGAAGGUUCCGGAGCUGCUCAACCGGGUCCGCAUCAUCCGGCUGCUGGGGGACAACGCGGACCCCCAUCUGACCAACGAGUCCGGGGAGGGCCACGACUUCCAGCCGUGCACGCACGCCCAGCCCACCUGGUGUGACCUGUGUGGAGACUUCAUCUGGGGCUUGUACAAACAGAGUCUACGAUGCACCAACUGCAAGUUCACUUGCCACUACCGCUGCAGAGCACUAAUCCAGUUAGACUGCAGUUCCCAUCGCAGCCCCUUUCCCGACCAGGCGGACCUUGCAGAGGACACCAUAGAGACAGACACCAAUGUGGAUGAGCAGAUUGAGUGGGGAAAGCAGGAGCUGUCUAUCAGUGAGAUUGAACAAAAGGUGAAAGAAUACAAUGCUCAGAUCAACAGCAAUCUCUUCAUGGCGCUGAACAAAGAUGGCUCCUACACUGGCUUCAUCAAGGUCCAGUUCAAGCUGGUGCGGCCCGUGUCAGUCCCCCCUCCUCGCAAGUCAACCGCAACGCAGGAUGGGGGCCGACGAGCCACAGGGAUGAAAAGGCGCACUUCCUUCUACCUUCCCAAGGACACGGCCAAGCACCUGCAUAUCAGCUCUCGCACACGUGCCCGUGAAGUUAUUGAGGCACUGCUCAACAAGUUUACGGUCGUGGACAACCCGCACAAGUUCGCCCUUUUUGAACGCAGUGAACGUCAUGGCCAGGUGUACCUGCGGAAGCUGGCAGAUGAUGAGCGGCCCCUGCAGCUGCGUCUGUGUGCUGGACCCAGUGAGAAGGUGCUCAGCUUGGUGCUCAAGGAGAAUGAGACUGGCGAGGUCAAUUGGGAUGCCUUCUCAAUGCCAGAGUUGCAGAAUUUUUUGCGAAUCCUGCAGCGUGAGGAGGAAGAACACAUCAAGCAGAUUGUGCAGCGCUAUGCCCGUGCAAGGGAGAAGAUGACUGAAGCCCUGGCCGGCAGCACCCCUGGCUGAGGAUGAAGGUCUCCUGGCCUGGAGUUCUGACUGGUGGCCACCAGAGGGCCACUUGUCACUGUUUAAUCCAAAGAUUUGGCUGACGGUGUAGGACAGGAUGCCAAACCACUGCACCCUGGUGGUGGUCCUAUGAGAGCGAGCGAGAGAGUGAGAGCGUGCAGCGCGAGCCGUGAAGUGCCUUCGACCUAGAGAGAUUGAGUUUUGCUUGUGUGCAAACGAGCGAGAGAUUGUGCAGAUCAGCCAUGUUCAAGAGUGGCAGCCUUGACACUCAUGUUCAACCAGUGCUUAUUGUAAAGAAACUUGAGCACUGAGGAGGACACUUUUUGAAGGGUUGUUGCAUCUGUUGGUGUGCCUGCUGUUUUUGUCACCUAAUUUUCCAUUUACCUUCCCCCUGUCUCCCCUCCCCUUCCUGUCCCAUUAUUCUUUAUACUCUGUCCCUUGUAGCUCUGAGUUGAAUGAACAUUUUGGCACUUGUUUUGAAUGGCAGGCAGACCCAGCACUGUGUCUGAGGUCUGCUGAUUGGUUGAUAAGUUGAGUGGUUGUGAAGUCUUACCCCAGUGUGUGAUGUGGAACACCAGGGCUGAAUGCUAGAGACAACUGGAGCUUUUUACUGCUGUGUGGGGGAAUUUUAACAAUUUUAUUUUUUCCAAAACAAGCCUAAAACUGAUGGUUCCUGUAGAAAUUUCACUUUUUUCCCCCCAAAUAUUGUUGCCUUCCCCCUUCACAUUGACUGUUUACAUUCUUUUUGUUCCAUCACUACUGAGUACCACCGUGUUCAUCUGGAUUCUUUUAACUUGCAAUGACAGGAUGGUGGAUACUUGCCAUUUUGUGAAAUGGUUACACCUGUUACCAGAUUUUAUUUCAAUCAUUAAUAAAAUGUGUAGAAAUAUUGCACAAUAAAUGAUUUCC